GCCGCGCUCCUCGUCGGUGAACGAAUCGUUGCGACGACUCUUCCGGCGAGCGGCGGAUGACUAACGGUCCGCCGGUCGCGUCGGAUCGAAACGAAACGAUUAUGGUUGCGCGUUAACAGGACAUGGUCGCGUGCUCCUCGGCGACGGGGAACGUUCGCCUCGGGGAUCGAUGCUCCGCGGACGAGGAUUGCCUGUCGAGCAUCGCCGGCAGCCACUGCCGCCUCGGCCGCUGCCGCUGCACGCCGUACUUCGCUCGGUACAACGAGACGCAUUGUCUCGAGGCGACGCUCCUCGGCGAGGAGUGCUCCGUGGACGAGCAGUGCUCCCUGAAGGUGGCCAACAGCAGGUGCGUCGACGCCGUCUGCGGCUGUAGGUCCGGCUUCCUCCAGUUCCGCCGGCACACUUGCCUCGCUCCGGCGAAGCUCGGCGAGGUCUGCUACGACCACGGCCACUGCAAGCUCUGGCAGGAGAACUCGCACUGCGACUUCCUGAUACCCGACCUGUUCGGUCGCUGCCGGUGCACCGCGCCCAUGAGACGGGAGAACGACAUUUGCCGGCCGGACAACCUGAUCAGGCCGCCUCCGCUGCGCGACCCGACGAUCGCAGCGGCUCCGGCGGAGACAGCCUCGGCGAUCGACUCCGAGGAGGAUCGGACGACUACCGUGUCCUACCAUCGACAGGAGGAAACAGGCGUUCCGUUUCCUUGGAACAGGGACGACUCGGAGAACGAGACCGCGACGCAGCUCGCCGACGCUGCGGACGACAGCAUCGUCGUGGACGCCGUCGAGCAGGGAUUUGAACAGGAGAUGGAACAAGAGAUAGGACAACAGGUCGAUCAACAGGCAAUCGAGUGGAGUUCGGGUGCGGAGAAGACGGACCGACGCGAAACGAACGGCGCGACGGCCGUCAGUCUAGGCCUCGACUGCGCCUCGGACCUCGAGUGUCGUCUCGCCGACCCGUACGCCAGGUGCAUCGAGGGUGUCUGCGACUGCGGAUUCCGCGGGAACUCGAGCUGCUCCGCGGAGACCAGAGGCUGCGUGCCCGGCACGUUCCAGUGCAGGAGCACCGGGAUCUGCAUCAGCUGGUUCUUCGUCUGCGACGGGAGACCGGACUGUCCGGACGCGUCCGACGAACGGUGUUCCGGACGGGACACCGAGUGUCCGUCCGUCGCGUUCCGCUGCGGGGACAGCGGGGUCUGCGUGUCGAGGGCGACCCUCUGUAACGGCAUCCGCGACUGUCCGCACGGCGAGGACGAGCUGGCCUGCAACGACAGACGAAAAUGCCCGGACGGAGUGUUCAGAUGCAACAACGGCCAAUGCCUGCCGGCGUACGAGUUCUGCAACGCGGUGGUUUCCUGUCGGGACGGCAGCGACGAGCCGAGAGGAGCGUGUCGGACGCGGAACCGCGGCAGACUGUCCGCGAGACAUUGCCCGUUCGCUUGCGACAACGGCAGGUGCAGGUCGGACGCGAUCGCCUGCAGCGGCCGCGACGGUUGCGGCGACGGGUCCGACGAGAAACGUUGCUCCGUCUGCAAGUGCAUGCGGUUCCCUUAACCGAACCGGAGCGGAGUGGCGGUACCGGUGAUAGAGAAUCAAAAAUAGUCCGGUGCACGUUUCGAUAUGGUUCCCGUUAAAGCGAACAAUGCCACAAGUUCCUACGCGUCAGGGGUGCGAGAUGCGAG